AUGUAAGAAAAUGGGUUUGCCAUCUCAAUAUGUGUUCCUUCUUUCAAAAAGAAUGAUGAUGUAGUCUAUUAUCAAUUAAUGUAAGAAUUUCAUCAGAUUCUAAAAUAUAGUUUCUUCGAAAAUAAUUAAAGAUGCUCCUUUUCAGUUGAUUAUCGCUAUUCCCAUCUUAAAUUGUUGCAUGAAUCCUUAUCGACUCUUAAAGCGAGUUUGCCGAAGUUUCCUCCGACUAAUUGGUGGAGAUCCACCAAUGACGAUGAAGAGUUAAUUGAAGAGAGAAGAAUACAGUUAGAUCAUUUCUUCAAAAAUCUCUUCUAAUGUAAAGUGGUUUGCAAUAGUUUGAUUAUGAAAAAUUUCAUUCUCAAAUCUCAAUGUCAUUAUCUUAAAAAGGUUGAAAAAUAAUAACGUGAUAUCCUGAAGAAAGAAAGAAGGGAAUUAGCAACUCCCUCCUACAACAAGCAGCAAUCCAAGUCCCAAUAGACAACCCCAAUUAUUGGACCUGCUGAAGAUCCAAUAGAAGAUCCUCGUGAGAGAUCCCGAUCCUGGGAAUUUAAAUUAACUUAGAAGAAGUCUGAAUAAGUGUUGGGGAGAGAUUCUAAGUAAUUAAACAAUUUAAACUUCGGUGGAGUUCCUAUUUUUAAAGGCAUUCUAUUGAGAUUUAAAUGAUAAAAAUAGAUUUCAUAUAUAAUAUUAAAAAAUAAUAAUA